UGUUGACUCGCAGGACAAGAGAAGGAAGUGGAGUUGAAGUGAAAGCGGUGAGAAGUCACUUGGGCAAAACUGCAACCUUUGAUAUUCGCACGAGGGAUGUGUGAAACAGUGCGAUCACGUGCUUGGUACUCCUCUUUCCAGUCAAGCUUGUGCUCAAACCUUCAUGCAGGAGAAACAAUUCAACGGGCAUCCAUGAUCCCAUCUACAUCGACAGUUCGUAUGUCAAUCACAAUUCACGUCCUCGUCUUCACGAUCAUGGUCUUUGUACCUUUGGGGUGCAUCCGCGAAUACCGGCUGUGGUUCUAUCAUCGCUCAUCCCGGUCAGGGUUAUUGCCGAAGUGGACGGCAGGUUCAAGACCACCAGUGGCUUGCCCUACCUUGAAUGUUCCUCGUACCAGUAGUACAUUUCACAUGCAGAGCCUGCAUUUCUCACUGUUUAUUGAAGUUCUCAAAUCAUUUCGUCGUGCUUGCUGUAGCGUUCAGUGAGAAUAACGCGUGGACAGGAACCAUUUGCGCCUUCCUCCAUCUACAAAGUACAUCUCCAUGUACUGCCGUCCUUCUCACACUGCUUUCUUUGUCUC